AGAGGCUGCACACAGGGCACCCAGCAGCAGCACCUUCCAUUCCCUGAGCUGUGCCGACAGUACAAGUAUCAGCUCCCUGUGCCCAUUCCUCUCUCUGCUCUGCAGGAACAGCUACUUGUUAUAUAAGGGAAACAGGUAAAAAAUGUCUCAAGCAAUCAGCUCCCAGCCCCAAGCUGUCCCAGGCUGCACCAACAGUAACACCAACCGAUGGAAUUCUGAUGUCUUUGACUGCUGUCAGGAUUUGGGCAUCUGUCUUUGUGGCACAUUCUUACCCUUGUGCUUGGCUUGUAAAGUAGCUCAGGAUUAUGGCGAGUGCUGCUGCCUGCCAGUGCUCAAUGGCACCAUUAUCGCUAUGAGGACAGGAAUAAGAGAGCGAUACCAAAUUCCGGGCACUAUCUGUAAUGACUGUGUGUGCCUCACAUUCUGUGGCCCAUGCACUCUUUGCCAAAUGGCUCGGGAACUAAAUGCCAGAAAGUGAAGACAACUGGGAGGAGAAGGAACAGUCUGACAGGACUUACCAUCUUUGUGGUUAAUACAAUUACAUAAGAAACGGGGCUUGUAAUGAACACCACCAUAGGCAGUAGCAUUUCCCCCCCGUGCCAGUGCCAGUGCCAACACAACAACGCACUAUACUGAUGUUAUACCUACGCUCUUGACUGGCUCAUGCCACAGUUCAGCCCAGCGCUUUGCUCCCGAUAACAGCAAAACAGCGUAUAAUACAUAUUUAAGCUAAAAUCCAAAGAAACUAAAACAUAUGGACAAAGCGUGUAAAUGCUUCCUAAACCCGUAUAAAAAAAAGCCUUUCCUAUAGAUAGUACUGCCAAACACCAGUUUUGUGCAGGGGCCGCCAUUCUAAGCCUUAGGAAUAUAAUACAAUGCAAACAUUAAGCAAGAUAGCUGAGAAUACGUCUCCACAACAUGUAAAGGGAGACACUGUUACAACUGUUUUGAUUUUAUAAUGCAAACAAUAAAACAUUGAUGCAAAAUUUU